AUGGAUGUUCUUGGACUAGUGGGUGAACGGUCUGGCAAGACGAGCAUUAACAAUAUAAUUGUAUCGAAUAUCAAGCUAUCUUCGGGUCGUGUUCUAGUCAAAGGUGUCGACGUACACAGCAAGAAAAUAAACCGAUACAGGGCCUACAAAUAUAUGGGUUAUUGCCCACAAAAUGAUUGUUUUGAGCCCAAAUUUACAGGUCGUGAAAAUUUAAAAAUAUUCUGCCUUAUACGUGGCUUAAGAGCGGAUAAAGUGCACGAAGUAUCCGAGGAACUGGCCGAAAAUCUAAACUUUCGGGAGCAUUUGGAUAAACAAUCGUGGAAGUAUACGAUCAGUGAUAGGCGGAAACUGAGUACAGCAAUUUCAGUAAUAGGAACUCCCCCACUCAUCAUAUUGGAUGAGCCAACCGCAGGAGUGGAGAAGGCGCAUCGAGCGGAUGUUUUGGAUGUGAUCAAGAGUGUCAACGAAUGUGGCAGCACAAUUUUGCUAUCCUCAAACAAUAUUGAAGACUUUCAGUCUCUGUGCAAUCGAAUGGCACUGCUGAAGCGGGGAAAAGUCAUUGGCAUUGGAUCAGUGGAGAGCUUUCGAAAUAGUCUAACCCCAGGACUGAUUCUCAUGGUAAAAGUCAGGCCACAUGCCAUAAUACAAAGUGUGCGGUAA